UACAGUUUCUUGGACUUUCUUCAUAUGUGCUUCAACUCUUCAGGCGCAGUAAUUUGAGUUUGUAUGUCAAUUGUCACAUAACAAAAACAUGUAAAGGUCACUUGGAGGCAGCAUGUUACUGGAGGAAAGCUCUUGGAGAUAACUGAGGAAGCCAAAAGUUUUGUAGUUGGAAACAAGGCUCUUGCUGCUCUUUUUGUUCAUACUCCAGCAGGAAAGCUGCAGCGCCAAAUCAGAAAUUGGCUUGUGGAGAACUUGGUUUUUCUUUCUGUUAGUGAUGACACAGUUGGAGGAGCUACUGGCCAGCUGGAACUUCUUUCUACUGCAAUAAUGGACGGCUGGAUGGCUGGACUUGGUGCUGCAAUGCCGCCCAAUACGGAUGCCCUGGGUCAGCUUUUGUCUGAAUAUGUAAAGAGAGUUUUUAGUACCCAGCGUCAGCACUUGAAGCAGAUGGCAUAAUUGCACGACCACGUUCUGGUCUUCUAGAUCCUAGCAAUUCCUCUUUUAUGCAGAACGAUGCAUCAACUUAUGGAGUCGAUCAGCCAGAUUUAAUUAAAGUUAAGCAUGGAGAUCAUGUUCUGUCUGCCCGUGUGCAAGAACCUUCACGCACACCAUCUUCACAGUCACCAGACUCCAGACUCUUAUCUUUGGAUAGUGAUAGGUUUGCAACAGCAGAAGCUUCAGGUUCUUUGAAACUGCCUGAUGUAGCAUCCAAGGAUCCUGCAUCAAGAGAUCGAGAAAAUGGAGACCGGUUUAAAAGUGAUGUCUCUCAGGCUGAGAUUGAACUUAGGCAGCAAAGAGGUGCCACUGCAAACAGAAUAUCCACGGAUAGGCCUCCAAAGUUUUCUGAAGGAACACCAAAUGGAGUUUUCACCCACAACAGCUGCUCAGCAAGAUAAUGUUCGACCCCUUCUUAGUUUGUUGGAGAAGGAACCCCCAUCUCGCCAUUAUUCUGGUGUAUGUUCGCCAUCUCACUGGGUUGGAGAAACAUGACAGCAUCCUUCCUCUACUUCAUGCUUCUACUAAUGAUAAGAAAACAAAUGGCUUGGAUUUCUUGAUGGCUGAGUUUGCAGAGGUUUCUUUACGUGCAAGAGAAAAUGCUAACACAGAGUCAUUACCUAAAAGUACACAAAAAGCUGCAAGNCUAGACCAGGGAGUGCAACAUCUUCUGGAUUACUUUCACAUAUGGUGUCACCAUGGAAUGCUGACAUCGCUAGAGAAUAUUUGGAGAAGGUAGCAGAGCUUUUACUUGAAUUUGCUGCUGCAGAUGCAACAGUAAAAUCCUACAUGUGUAGUCAAAGUUUGCUUAGCCGUCUUUUUCAGAUGUUCAAUAAAAUAGAGCCUCCUAUUCUUUUGAAGUUGUUGAAGUGUAUCAAUCACCUUUCAACAGACCCACACUGCUUAGAACAUCUUCAGAGAGCAGAUGCAAUCAAAUAUCUGAUUCCCAAUCUUGACCUCAAAGAGGGACCCCUUGUUUCCCAAAUCCAUCAUGAGGUGAGCCUAAUAAUCUUUAAUAUUCGUUUGAGGGCUGUUGUAUUUUUUCAUGCAUACAUUAUUGGUAGACAAGAAUCUGAUAAGCUUCACCUGGAAAGAAUAUGUUUAG